AUGUCAUCGCAUGGUGUGGACAAGGCCAACCGCAAGGAUAUGUAUGUCAAUCGCAGGAUCCACUCUGCCGUUGUCCUGGACCCUACUGGUUCCCCUAACGCGGAGCACCAUAUGAGUGGGAACCUGGUCAAGCACAUCAGAGUCGAUCGAGUGCUAGUCCUUCUGAGACCCUGGCAUCACGAGGAGGAACUGAGGAGGGUGCUGAUGUCAAAGAGUGAUGGAAGAGGGAUGAGUGUGCAACAAAUUGCAGAGAAUUGGGCCAAUAAGAAAAUUAGUGAUAAGAUCUUUUAUGACUGCAAAGUAGCGGCAAAGCAGAAAAGUCGGAGAGAAAGUGUGGAAAAUGAGGAUGAAGCAAGCGGGGGAGGAAAGCUUAUUAAAUACGAGAGUGAUUAUCAAGAUAUUUCCAUCAGACUGACUGAAAGCUCCAGGUUUUCCAAAGAUUUCAAAUUAUUGAGUGUUCUGGGUGCAGGAGGCUUUGGGUGUGUCACUGAAGCCCAACACAAAUUGGAUGGGAAAACGUACGCCGUGAAGAUUGUGCAGAAUAUGGGAGAAGCAAAUCGUGAAGUGAAAGCACUGGCUACCUUGGAACAUUCUAACAUUGUUCGCUACUAUACGACUUGGCCUGAGGAUGCCAAUUGGGUCAAUGGAGAUUACAGCACAGAGUCGUCGGUCCAGUCUAGAAUCUCAGAAGAUUCUGACAAUUAUUCAGACCAGGGAGAUGGAUCUACACAUGUAACAAAUCAAUCAGAUUUAGACCUGUCUGAAACAGCCAGCGAAGACCAAGCAAACCACUCAAUGACUGAUUCCAGCUCAAGAAAUGGGGAUUGGACUUGUUUGUUCAUUCAGAUGGAGUUCUGUGAGGGAGGGACACUGAAGGACUGGAUCAACAUAAAUAAGGGUAGAAGCAAGGACAAGGCACUUGGAAUAUUUCAGCAAAUGGUUUGUGGAGUGGAAUACAUCCACUCUGAAGGACUUAUUCACAGAGACUUAAAGCCAGAGAACAUAUUGUUUGGAAGUGAUGGCAUGGUGAAGAUUGGAGACUUUGGUCUUGUGACCACGAUCACCACUCUGAGUGAUGCAUCAAUGUACAGGACUGUCAACAAAGGAACACCAUUUUACAUGAGCCCUGAGCAGGAGACUGGGGGGAAAUAUGAUGAGAAAACGGAUAUAUUCUCUCUGGGACUGAUAUUGUUUGAACUCCUGUGGUUCAUGUCCACUGUCUCAGAGAAGAGCAAGGUGUUCCAGAGCCUGCGGACACAGACAUUUCCCUCUGACUUCCGUGAGAAGUUUAUCUUAGAGCAUAAAGCCAUCAGUAAAAUGCUGUCGCAGUCGCCUGCAAAACGACAAAAUGCCAAAGAGAUUGCUACGAUCCUGAAAAAGUACCUGCUCGGAAACCAAACUGGAUUACAACAGAAAACUGUAUGAAAUGUUGUAGGGUAGAGUGGCUUGAAAUGCUUUGGGAAAACAGUGAUGUCAGCAUAGACACACGUUCUAUUCAAGACGGCGCAUAGUGAUGAUGUCAUGCCUCAACUGAGGCUGUAAACUGGGAGGGGGGGAUCUUUUUUUUUAACCAUACUGUAUUUCUCAGGAACGUUUUAGCACUUAUCUUUUCACUUUUGUUUCUGCUGUACGGUUUCUCAAAUGUGAUAACUUUUUAAAAGUUGGUGAUUUACGUGGAAUAGAGGGUAAAUAUUAAUAUAAUAUGUAGGGAAAAUGUUUGGGUCCACCACACAUUUCUAAUGCUGAACCGAAGGUGUACUUAUUUUAUUUUUUAAACCUUUAUUUAACCAGGUAAGACCCAUUUUUAAGUUUAAAAAAACUAUUUUCAAGGGCGACCUGGCAAGAGUGCUAAACAGGGAAAUAGAAGCCGUGUCCAUAAAAUAUUACA